AACUUGCAGAGAUCUUCACCAAGAGCCAAGUUGUCGCAUGGUGGUCUCGUGCGCAGCUAGGAGCUGGUAUAAAAAUGAAGUUAUAUUUAUCGGAGAACUUUUAUAAUACUGUUUCUUCAACCUUGACACGUAUUUGAGUCUAUAUUUGAUAGUGUGAGUGACAGCAUCACCAUCGUCCGAGAUAAAGUGCAUACAUUUAUGUUCAUUUAUAAAAUUUGUGCGUCUAACAUAACCUAAAUAUUACAAACUUUUUCACUGAAAUAUUCAGGACUUAAUCACCUAUGGAUCCUGAUGUACAAAAGAAGAUUUUAGAAUUUGAGGCUUUCGUGAAUGACGUGUUAAAGGCUGAUCUUGCACAACUGUCUGACAAGCUUGAUUCCAAGAAUGCGGAUAUUGCAGAAUUUAUACAAUUAAAAUCAAUAAUAACGACAUUCCAAAAUACAGACAUUGAGAAAACUGGCUUCAAAACUCAAGUGGAUAUAGGGAACAGUUUCUUCGUUCAAGCACAAGUAACAGAUGCUUCGAAAAUUUUACUGAAUAUUGGCUUAGGACUUUACGUUGAAUUUACCUUAAAUGAAGCUCUAGUCGUUAUAAAUGUACGGAUUAAGCUUCUAGAGGGACAAAUUGCUAAUUUACGUCGAGCAAUCGCGAGGACCAAUGCUCACAUUAAACUAAUCCUUUUAUGUAUCAGAAAUAUAAAAGGAAUUAAAUGAAAUGUUUAAUUGCAUUGUUUCUCUUUUCCCACGAACUUCUGCGAUACGUUUGAGGCGAGCUAACAUGACAGUUGAAAAAUAUAAUCUUAUCUUGUAAAUAAAACUUACACAUAGUCAUCAUUACACGCCUGUAAAGAAUUUAUUUUUAUAUAAAUUCAUCAGUAAACUUCAUAUUUAUACAUGAAAUAAAUGGAAAGAAUGUUUAUA